UCGAAAAUCAAUCUUCAUUCGCGUGUGAAAAAUGAGUAAAAGUAUGUAAGAUUCUUUUUAUUUUCUCAUUUUCAACACUAAUGCUACCUAAUAAACUUAGAUAAUGUUAUUUCCUAACUAUAUUAGAACAGGCUUUAGCUACAAUAGAUAAUUUAAGAUUUUGGAAAGCUGGUAAUUGGAUGCCAUACGAAAUGAAAUCAACCAAGUUGACACUACGUUUGUAUUAUGAACAACUUCUUAUUACGUCGGAAGAAAAAAUUUUGGAAACAUUAAAUAUGAAUGGCAAAAUUAAAGGCGUAUUUAAACAAGAUGUUUUGGUUCUAGUCAUCACAGAAAGUGCAAACGAAGUCAGAAAAAUAAAGUUUCAUAUAAAAAGUAACGCUGCUCAAGUUUUACAACUACUUUCCCAACACAUUCCAGUUGCGAAGUACCAAUCUUCGGUGAAAAGACCUAAUUUGAGAUAUCGUAAUAUUGAUGAAUUAUUUCAAAAUGCUCUAGAUAAAUAUGAUGGUGGUAAGGACUUAUGCUAUAGGAUUUAUUAUAAUUAAUAUUUCAAUUGAUUUGUUUAUUCUCCAAUUGAAGGUUUGAUAUUACAGAAGGCCUAAAUUUGUCCCUGCCUGCUUCCUACAGUAAUUUUGUCAAGUUAUGCCUAUUGGAUCCAUUAUUUCCACAAAUUGUUUCUGAAACUCAAAAAAUUAUCGAUAAUGACGUGUUGGGUAAGAAGAACUGAAAAAUAUUUUUUGAUGUUGUACAUUUCAACUUGAUUUAAUUUAAUAUUUGUUUCAUUAAUUUAUUGUUAUUUUGUAAAAACCUAUAUUUUUUUAAUACGAAAAAUGUUUGUCAAAAAGUUAUGUCUGCAGCUGCUGUUAAUGUAUGUUUUGUAAUAUAUAGUUUGUCUAUGAUUAAAACUUACUUGUCAAUUGUCAACAGUCAUUGAUAGUGUCGUUAUUUUGAUUUCAAAUCACAGUUUCAAAUUGUUUCAAAAAUAUUUGUGAACUUUUUAAUAGACCCGCAUUGUUUUACCUAUGUGUUUAGUGUCUAUUUUCGUAUUGGAUUUGUAAAACAGCCAAAAUGAUACCUAAUAGAUACGUUCCUAGCCAGUCAUCUGCAAUGAAAAUGCAAAAAUCAAGACUUGAAGGUAAACCAUCAAUGCUACCAAAGCUUCGUCAAGGGAGCUCGACGGAUCGUAUGUCGACUGAAUCUCGGCGGCCGUCAGCCACUGGCUACCGUUCUAGCAGUGCAGAACCUGGCCGUGGUACUUUUGGUUCGCAUUAUGGUAAAGAUGCUUCUGUGUCUAAGUUGCCGUUGAAUCGGAGAUCUCGUUCACAAACUGGUGAAGCAAGAUAUGAUCAGCCACCGGUGACACCUAAACGUGGAAGCCAAUACAUGAGACAACCAACUAUUACACCUGUGAGAACACCAUCUCAAGAAAGAGCAAAUAGAAGUUGGCAGACAUCUUUAGAGAGGGUUCUUGCGUUUGUUACUAUUAAAGAUCAGAGGCCAAUAUCAAACAUAGCCUGGCAGCGAGCAGAGAACGCUCGAGUCGCUGAAGCUCUAAGUGCUCGCGGUGAACCCGGGGCACUCAUCCGCCCGCUCACCAUCGCUCGUUUUGUGGAUAUUGUUGGCACGUUGUUAGCGCCAGUGUUCAAAGAUGCGCUGAACAAUGAUAACUACGUUGCUAAGUUACCGCACCUCUCCAAACGGCUGCUCUACCCGGGCGCAGUAUCCAAGUCUUGGCUCCGUACAGUCAACACGCUGCACGCGUUCCCACACGCGCUCGCACUUAUAUCGUAUUUACUCGAUUUGAUUACGCAUAUUGAAAGACCAGUUUCCGAUGACUGGCUGUAUGUUGAUAAAGAUGAGCUGUCUUGUUUGCGUCGAGACUAUUUCUCCAAGUGCUGGGUUCGUUUUCAAAUGCCAGGGCAUGAAUAUGAAGAUCUGAAUGAGGAAUAUGUUCAAAAUUUAAAAAAGCACCUCGGUAAUGAUGAAGAGAAGAUUGCUGAACUGCAAAUGGUUAUCAAGAAAUAUGAGGAAGAGCUCGACGAUGAAGAAGAACAGUCGGCUCGAGCUGAAGAACAACGCGUGCACAGCCGCAGCAGCUCGCUGGGCGGGGCGCUGCGCAGCGCGCGCGCCGCCAGGAGGCAGCUCGCCGCCGAGCGCGCCGCGCAGCGGGCCCGCACGCCGCAGCUACACGAGCUCAGCACGGUGCUGCUCGCCGACAUUGAGCGGGCCAAAUUGGAGCUCUCUGGUCUCCGUGCCGAGCUAGAGAAGCAGACGCUGUCGGUGGAGGAGCGCACACGGCUGCUGGACCAGGUGGACUACUCGCUGCGGGUGCACGACUCCAAGCGGGCACUCGCCGACAACGUGGCCAAGACCAUAAUAGCCAAAGAGAACGAGCUGGCCGUCUGGCAGAAGAAAACUCUAGACAGUUGUAUGCAGUAUAAAGAGGCGCUUAUACAUUUGGCUCCGGACUGCCCGCAGCUUGGUAGCCUUGCUGUGGAUGAAAAAGAAUUAAUGGAAGCCUCAUGCGGAGUUCUCGUAACUCGUGCAGCUGAAGAACUGAAACGUUACUGCGCAGCAUUAUCCGCGAAACGCAACGAGAGAGCCAGGGACAAAACCGCGCUGCAGAGGAAACGGGCUGCGCAGCUUGAAGAAGCGCGAACAAAAAUAACUGAACUCAAAUCGGCAGUAGAGCGUGAACAGCAAGCGUUAGAAAUGGAAACGGCACAAGAGAAUACCGCUGCAGCCGAGUGGAGUGCUGAGGAGGUGCUGAUGAUGGAGAGGAUCCAGGAGCUGAGGGCUCGCCAGCAGCAGUACAAGCGUGUGGAAGACGAGCUGCAGUUCUGGGAGGCGCAGGAGAAGAUUUGGCAAUCGAAAUUAUCAACACUCCGCGAGAACGUCGUCAAGCAAAGACAGGAGGCAAAUAUUAAGUUAGAAGAUACAAAAGUUAAGCUAUUGGAACACGCACGAAGCGCGCUUGUUGCUUGGAACACGAGGUUGGACAUGAAUUGAGGACACACAUACAAAAUCUGCCUAUAUUCUAGUAUGUGAACUAUUAGUAAAAAAACGGACAAGCGAAUGUUGGAAAUAUGUUAAAAAUAAUUAAUUUGUUGUAUUAAAAUCUAUAAUAAUAAAGAAUUGAUUUUUUAUGAUCAUUUGCUAUGAAACACGUUGUAAAAUAAACUUUUUAAUCAGGAAAUUAAUGAAAAUAUGUAUUAACUAGUUUGUGCCAAUGUACAAGAAAUAUGUCGCCUAAUAAAAAUGUAAAAUGUAGUAUAAGGUACUGUAACUAUUAUUAACGGCGUGUUGUAUCACUAACAUAUAAUUAAAAUGAUUUGAAUAUAUUUUCCUAUUUUUGUAAGUUCUUACAAAAUUAAAUAGUAUGUAAGAAGUGUUGAAUGGAAUUACAUAGCUUUAACUGCUGGAUCAGAUAAAUAUGUUAUUUUAGUAGUACCUAUGACGAUAUUUGUGAAUUUAAUAUUAAGUAUGUUUUAGAAAUAAAGUAUGUUUAAAACGAAA